AUGAAGGAUUUAUGUUGUGUUGUUACUCAGGACGUGUCCAUGUCUUUGAAAUGCAUGAAAGAAGACGGAAGUCAGAUUCAGAAGAAGAGAAAAGGAAGCAGAUUUGUUUGGUGGGGUUAUGAGGUCAAAACCGCUUCAGAUGAUUGCGUCGCCGCCAUCAACUCCUAUUCUCAUCAGGUUCUUGGGUAUGGAAGAGAGAGGAAGGUGAUUCUAGAAGCUCCAUUGUAUGAUGAAGAUUGUGUUUUGGGCAACAUUUUGGCUGCCCAUUACCUUAGCUCUACUGACUCUGCCAGAGCCAAGUCCUAUGCUCGUGCUGCACAAUCAAAUCUUGGGAAAGCCACGGCGUAUGAGAAGGCAGUUUUCGAGGCUGUUAAUUACUUGAUCUCUGAGAAUAUGGACGACCAUGUGGCUUUGCAGUUACACUCUAAGCUCUUGAUAAAGUUCCCUAAAGAUUUGCUAGCUUGGAAGAGAGUAGAGAUCCUGUGUUUCUACAUGGGUCGACCCGAUCUCUCUUUGCCUCUUCUUGACAAGAUUCUACCGGAGAAUCGAGAACAAGACUAUGUUUAUGGUAUGCUUGCAUUCCCCUUAAUGGAGCUUGGACAUUUGGGAGAAGCUGAGAGAGCUGCCAGGAAAGGCUAUGAGAUCAACAGAAACGACUCUUGGGCUCAUCACUGCUUGUGUCAUGUUCUUCAAACACAAUGUCGUUUCAAGGAAGCAGUAGAGUUCAUGGAAGGUUGCUCAGAUUCUUGGGAUUCUUGCUCUUCCUUGAGGUACUCGCAUAAUUGGUGGCAUGUAGCUGUUUGUUACUUGGAAGGAGGUUCUCCCUUAAGUAAAGUACAAGAAAUAUAUGAUCACCAGAUGUGUAAAGAGCUCGAGAAGGACGAUGCUGUUGCAACAGACGUUUAUAUGGAUGCUCUUGGUUUGUUGUUACGCUUGGACACACGAGAUCAACUAGAUCAGUUUGUCGACAGACUCAAGAUUCUUGCAAAUUUUUUGACUGAUCAAGCAAUGUGGUAUCAAGAGUGGCUUUUCGAUAUUACAGCAAUAUGGGCACUGAGUAAAGUUGGAAACACUUCACAAGGACAUGUACUGCUCCAUGGCCUCAAGUCCCGAACAUUCCUUAUGAGCGAGAAGAAACAACAACUUAUGCAGAGACCGAUUCGGCUUGCAGAAGCUGUUUAUGAAUACGGAAAAGGCAACUACAAACAAGCUCUGGAACUGCUCGGUCCAGACUUUGACGCUGCUGACUAUAAGAUGAUUGGAGCAUCGGAUUUACAGAUUGAUGUUUUCAAUGAAAUGUGGUACAAAAUGCUUUUACUCACCGGCCAAUCUUCCACUGCGAUUGAAGUGUUGGAGAGGAGGAUAAAGCAGAGAGAUGGUGCUCCUUUCUUGUGGCGUUUGCUGGAGAAGAGUUACGCCAUGGAAGGCAAGACAGAAGCUGUUGUAAUUGCAGGUAAGAGAGCCAAGGCGUUGGAAUCUUCACAUUUCAACUUUGCUUGA